ACGAGCGGUCCGCGGACAAUAAUAAUAACUAUUAUUAUAGUUAACUUUCGAUUACGGUUUUCUUUAUUCUUUUUUUAAUAAUUAGUUUAUGCGAAUCGUCAUUGUCGUCGUUACUAUUAUUCAGAACUAUCAGCGUCGGUGUAGUGUUGCGAUUUCCUCUCUCGGCGCUCGUUUAUAUUAAUUCGAUAUCAACGUCAAUGAAACGUCCGGUGGUCGGCAUCGCGUUCUGACGGUGACACGCGGUUAAUUAACGUUGAACGUUUCCAAUCCACAAGUCGGACGGACACGGUACGCCGCAACCGACCGAGAUUUGUACAACAGCCUGUUCAAUCAUUGUGCUUUGGUUUAGGAUGGGUCCAAACUAGUUUUCAACUAGUUCUAUUAAUAUUUGAAGGUUAGUUGAUAUUGGCUAUGCGUCAGAAAUUCAUCUUGAGCAUCUAACUGAUUGAUAUCAUUGUUGACGAAGUGUCCACUGUUGUUCAUAAAAUGGUCUCUAAUUCUUGCUCUCACUUUCAAUACAAAUUGUAUUACAGAUUUCUCAACAAUUCAAAAGACUUCAAGCAUAAGUUAAAAGUCACGUUGCCAGUGCUAAUCAGAACAUUCAUUUUUGUUUGAGAUGGAAGGAGAAUUUAUGGUCAAGAAUACCUGUGGUUAUGAUUCAAAUGAUGAGGUAAACUCAUCUACUAGACGAAGUGUUGAAAUGGACUUAGUAAAUUAUGAUUCAUCUCCUCGUUCAAAUGGAUCUAAUCAUAGUACCAAUAAUGAACAAAGUGUAGAUACAACGAAUAAUAAAACUAAUUGGUAUAAAUCUGUAGAUUCUUUCUUGGAAACUGAAAAAAGUAAGGAAAGAGGUAGAAGCCGUGAUCAUAGUCAAAAAAAUAAACGUGAUAAAAGUUCAAGUAGACAUGGAAGUAAACGGCGUAAACAUAAAAAACAUCAUAGAUCUAGAUCAAGAAGUAGAUCUAGAUCAAGAUCUAGAUCACCUAAAAGAAGGAGUCGAUACUCUCCAGGUGAUCGUGACUCACAAACAAGUCAGUAUAGUAGCGAUGAAGAUCGUCGUAAGCGUCGUUCUAGAAGUCAUGAUGGUGUAGAAGGGCCAAGAGUUAGAAAUAUAUAUUCCGAUUCAGGUACUACUAGUACUAGACGUUAUCAUAAUACUGUAGAUACUAGAAGAAGUCAAGAUGGAUCACAAGAAUAUUAUCGAGAAGAAGAUUUUGAUAGAUAUACAUUUAAAAAACAAAUUCCUAAUAAAACUAUAAUUGUUCGUGGUCUAGCGCCUCAUAUUUCAGAAAACGACAUCAGAAAAGAAAUACUUAGAUGUGGACUAACACCUGUUGACAUACGUUUGAUUAGAAAAAAAGAUACUGGCUCAUCUCGUGGAUUUGCAUUUGUAGAAUUUUUUACUAAAGCAGAAGCUGAAACACUGAUGGAAUCCAAGCAGGGUGAAAUGAUGCUUAGAGAUAACUUUAGAGCGAUCAUGCAAUAUACUAUUUCUACAAUUGACCCAGAAAAAAUGUUAUCUGAUUGGUGGUGUAAAUGUAAUGCUCACAAUUUUAAACGCAGGGAAAGCUGCUUUGUGUGUGGUGCUUCAAGAGAAAUAGGGGAAAUUUUUGACCACACUAAAGAAGUAAGCUCAUAUCCUACACACACUGUUUUACUUCGUGGAUUAGAACUAUUUACUACCGAAGAAAAUGUUCUUAAAGCUAUACAGCCACUAUCAACACUACCUAUUCGCAGUGUACGUAUUGGCCGAAAUCCUUUGACAAACGUUUCUAAAGGUCUUUGCUACUUGGAAAUGAACAAUGUGGUUGAUGCUAUGUAUCUUCAUAAUGCAUUAAUUGUGGAAGAUCCAUUACUGAUUGAUGAAAAAGAAGUGCUUGUAUCUUAUUGUAAACUUGGACCAGUUGGUCCAAUGGCUACUGCUUCUAUGGGUAAUGCUGCAGUAGAAGCAGCCAAGUGGAGUAAUCAGAAACCAGAAACUCCAAACUAUACUAUUGCUGAUGUUCCCAGACUUGCAGAAUUUAGUGCAAAUUUAUAUGCAAAAACUCCUGUUGAACGAACUUCUUACGUACAAUAUUACACUAAUUUUUACACAGAAAAAAUUCAAAAAGGAGAAACUAUUAAUAUGCCAUCUAUUCCAUCAGGGCAAACAAUUUCAGCAGUUUAUGCCCCUGUUGGUACAGUUGUAAUGCCACAAGCUGUUUCUACUUUUCCGUUACCCAUAGCUAACAAGUCUGAACCUUUAAGUCAACCUCCAUCUGGAAAAGGAGACGUCACAUACUCCCCUCCUGAUUUAUCUACAUAUCAAUAUGACAAAGGAUCCGGUUAUUAUUAUGAUCCAUUUACAAAGCUUUAUUAUGAUGCAAAUUCACAAUACUAUUUCAAUAGUGUUACUAAUAGUUUUCUUUAUUGGGAUGCAACAAAACAAACUUAUUUAUCUGCACCAACUAAUGACAAAUCAAAUUCUGAUGUAAGUAAUACAAACAGUGAAUCUAAAAAAGAUGAAACUCCAGUAGAAGAAAAAAAAGAUGAUGACAAAGUUAAAGUAGCAAAACGUAUUGCUAAGGAUAUGGAAAAAUGGGCAAAAACAUUAAAUCAAAAAAAAAUAUCGGCUAAACAAAAUUUAGUAGCUUCCCAAGUAGCAAUACAAACUGCAAAAACUCAAGCAGCUGCUGAUAUUGGGUAUUCUGUUAUGGGUACAAAGGCAGAACCCAAAAAAAACCUGUACUCAAUGCCUUCUACCUCUGAAGACACUAGUUAUAACGAUGAAGUGAAUGAAGUUAUGGAAGAAGCUAAUCGAAGUGAAGAUGAACAACAUACCGAUUGGGUUAAACUUGCUUGCUUACUUUGUAAAAGACAAUUUAGUAGUAAAGAAAUAUUAAUAAAACAUCAACAAAUGUCUGACUUACAUAAACAAAAUAUACGGAAUUGGUACAAUGAAAGGGGAUUGGAUCCUGACGAUGAAUCUAAACGAGUUAUUCAGUAUAGAGAUAGAGCUAAAGAAAGAAGAAUGAAAUAUAAUGAACCUGACAAACCAUUAAAUAACUUAAAAGACAAAUAUAUGAAGGCUAAAGAAGCUACUGUAGAUUAUGAACAACCCACUAAAUUGGGUAUUGGAUCAGACAACAAAGGUAAUAAAUUAUUACAAAAAAUGGGUUGGCAAGAAGGAAUGGGAUUAGGUAAAACUAAUCAAGGACGAACAACCAUAAUUGAAGCUGAAGGAAGGUUGGCAAAUGCUGGUCUUGGCACUAGGGCUGUUGGAGUUGUUCCUGGCCCUCGUGAGACAUACAAAGAUUGUGUAAAAAAAAUGAUGCGUUAUAGAUAUAAUGAAUCUGAUUAAUUAACAGGUAAAAGUUAUAAAUAUGUUACAUUUUUCCUAGAGACUAAUUAAUUUUAAUUUAUAAUGUAUUAAUUAUCUAAUAUU